AUGUCGUCUUCCAACCUUACUGAAGAACAAAUUGCUGAGUUUAAGGAGGCCUUCGCUCUUUUUGACAAAGACAACAAUGGUUCGAUUUCUUCGAGUGAAUUGGCUACUGUAAUGAGAUCCCUUGGUCUUUCACCAAGUGAAGCUGAAGUUGCAGAUUUGAUGAAUGAAAUUGACAUUGACGGUAACCACAAGAUUGAAUUUAGCGAGUUUUUGGCUUUGAUGUCGCGACAACUAAAGAGUAACGAUUCUGAACAGGAAUUACUGGAGGCAUUCAAAGUUUUUGACAAGAAUGGUGAUGGUUUAAUUUCUGCUGCAGAAUUGAAACAUGUCUUGACUUCAAUUGGUGAGAAAUUAACUGACUCUGAAGUUGAUGAUAUGCUAAGAGAAGUUAGUGAUGGUUCUGGUGAAAUUAACAUCCAACAGUUUGCAGCUCUACUUUCCAAAUAA